GCAUACCCCCUUCACUUAGCUACUCGACAUCAUGCAGAUAUUAACACAUAUUGCCUUAUCAGACAAGCUUGCUGUAUAUGAUGUUGAAAAUCAGACGAUAGGAUGGGUGCAAUAUAACUGUUCAUCGAGCAUCAAAGUGAGGGACAAUGCGACCGGGAAUGCUUAUGAUGUUGUCGCCCACGACAUAUCUUUCGAUUCCACCAAUUUGAGAGCUGACAUUGUUUCUACCCUUAUGUUAGUAGCCGUUGUUCUCAGCCUGAUCGUGUGAGCACUCGAACGAGAAGCAUAUGGUCGUUUCGUAUAGUGAAUGGCUUGGCCAUGGAUCGGAUCUCCAUGUUGCAAGGUGAAAUGUAGUGUCUAAGAAUGGUGGAAAUGUGAGAAUAGUUUCUUUUACGUUAAUCCUCAAGAGAUUGCUGCUUUUAAAAGAUUUGAUUGAAAUGUGAGACUUAUUUCAUUUUGAUGGUAUAGAAAUUACCCAAGCAAUGUAAA